GCGCUGACGCCAUCCCUGUGCGACGGGCCUGAUGCACCGUGCAGUUCCGCUGGCUCAAAGCAGGAGAUGGGUGAGUUGCUGCUGCGGACCAUGAUAUCACUGAACCAUCAUUUACGGACUUGAAUAACGCCGGUAAAGAUCCGUCAGCGCUUUCCUCCUGCAGAGUCACGGUGUUUGCAAGAGGACGUUUUUACCGACUGGCGUUUUUAGCUUUGAAGCUAGCAGGCUAAUGUGAGGUAGCGGUGCCAGGGCCUGCAAAGAGUUCAUUGUUUUUGUCAGCGACACCAGAUAAACACAAUUUGAGCAGAUGUACUAGCGGCUCGUUGUUUGUUUGUUUGUUUGCUCGUUGACACCACUUGCAGGUUUAUUCCAGGUUGUCGUAUUUUAGACUGUUUUAUUGGCACUUGAGACAUUAGCAUAUCCUCUAAACGCUAGCAAACUGCAUUUAAGCUAACUUUAAAGCCAUGACUGCCCGGAGGACAGGCUAUUCCGCUGCUGGCAUGGACUCCACUCCUUCUAAUAGCGGAAGUGGAAAUCGUAAACAGAGCAUAAUAAACGUCACCGACAGGACAGGGGUAGAGUCCUGUUAUGAUCGGAAAGGAGGGGGGGCAGCGCAGGGUAGCGUGACCGUAACGUCGCUGAAGUCCCGGCUCGCCCCGACCAUCCAGACCGCCAUGUCCGCUGCAGUGGACACUCUGCUGGGCGAAGUGGUGGUGGUGCUCAACGAGACCCAACAAGAGCUACUGCACAAGGAACAGGAGAAUGAGAGACUCAAAGUGCGUCUGGAGGUGUCUGAGAGGGAGCUGAAGACCCUACAGGAGUGUCUUUGCAGCGCACAGAAGCUCAUAGACCAGCUGCAGAUCUCCUACACCGGCUCUCCGUCCAUCGGUCAGUCCGUGUUCUCCCCGUCGCUGUCUUCCAUGGCUUCAAUGGCCUCAGGCUUGGAUCGAGACCACCAGGGCGGCCGAAAUGUGAACGGAGCCGGGGUUGACUUAGGUCUCGGUGGGUCAGUGGAUGACUCCCUUCACGGGUUUGAGACAAGAGAUGACUACAAGAUGUGCCAGCUCUCCAUCCAGCCCGACGGCUCUGUGACUAACCAUGCGCUCGACACCUUUACUUCCAACACAUCGCACAUGUGCUCCGAUAGACCAGAUGAGAGGCAGACUCAGGGACAAGGUGGAGCUUCCAGUUUUGAGAUUAAAGAGGAGCAGUUGCCCGUUUCAGGCUCUGGUCAGCCCGGCAGGAAGGAGCCCGGGAUGCGUAAUGACAACAGUGAUCUUGGCUACGUUCAAGUUGGCGACGAGGGUUCCCAGCGUUCCUUUACUCAUCCACUGCGUCACCAACGACCUGGCAGUGACUUGCAGCAGGGCGGACUUGAUGGACAGAAACAGUUGCCUAGAACUUCUGGAGCCGGAAGAGUAGACGGGGUCUCACCGGGCAGAGCAGAUGACUCUGCUGGACCUUCGGCCUCUGACACCACAGGGGAGCCCUCUUUAGAUAGACCUCACCACUGUCUGGAGUGUGGAAAGACUUUCCGUCUGAUCUCCAGCCUGAAGAAGCACAUCCGCAUCCACACUGGCGAGAAGCCUUACCCGUGUGGAGUGUGUGGCCGUCGCUUUCGUGAGUCAGGGGCGCUCAAAACCCACCUGCGUAUUCACACGGGUGAGAAACCAUACUCUUGUUCAGAGUGUGGGAACUGCUUCCGCCACUUGGACGGUUUGCGCAAACACAGGCGCACACACACCGGAGAGAAACCCUACGUUUGUGCCAUCUGUGGGAAGCGCCUGAGCCGCCUGCAGCACCUCAAACACCACCAGCUCAUCCACACCGGGGAGCGGCCAUGCUGCUGCCCCUUCUGCAACCGCAGCUUCAAGGAGCCCGCAGCGCUGCGGAAACACAUCCGCACGCACCGGGAGGAAGGCGGUCACAUGGGGAUUGUUCCCGGUGAGGACACGGACCCAGACGCCAUGGACGACAUUAACAACCUCCACCCAGCAGCGCCGUCCCCCCAGAUGAGAUUCGGGGACUGGGGAGCUGACGAGGAUGACAGCUCAGUGGUGGAUUGUGUGUAGGAGCUUUUAAAUAUAGGAAUAACUGUCUGCUGGCAUUUUACCUAUGAAUCCUUCUCCGGGUGGAAAACACGGAACAAGGUGUUCGUGUGGUUUGUAAACACUAUAAGGUAUCUCUGUUACAUGCUGUCAAAGUGUGAGGCUACAUAUAACCCAAGCUUUGGAGCCUCGUUUAUAUCUGGUGUUUCCAUGCUCUUAGAUGUAAAUAUAUAACGUUUAAAAAUAUCCGCGGUACAUUCUUCAACAACAACAACUACUAUAUUUGUCCGCACAUACAUCAAGCAGCAGCACAGGUUGUUCUUGGCACAGGGAGUUGCAGGUUGUCUAACUUCUCCUGUGGUAAUUGAUAGCAGAUGUGUACAAGAGCUGUUUUUCUCAUUAAAAUAAAAGUGCCUUGAACACUCAGUCAACCAUCAACUGCUGUUCAAGAUUUGAGUCAGGGCAAGAGCUAAGUUACGACUCUGGUCAUGAGUUUUUUUAUAGUUUCAAACAUUAGAGAUUGGGUAUCUGUUGAAUUGUCCCUCAGUUAGUGAUCAGGCACACUGAGCUCCCCACAAAGGUUGAAAUGGAUCCAUUGGACUGGUUCAUGUUUCAUGUGUGGACAAGCAUGCAGGAGUUCAGGCUGUUUGCAUCAUGUCGCUGUUCAUCGUUGAUUAAACCAACCUUUACAGUUUUUUUUGGUCAACUAUUUAAGCCUGUAUCAUAUUUAAAUAGGGUUGCUUGUGCUAUUACACAACAGAAGAGCCGUACAAAAAAAAAAGUCAAUAUUUUUCACUUUGCAUCCUUAAAGAGCAGGAGAAAUACUUUAAAUGGUGGCAAUUUUAACCCAAACAGCAAUGUUUUACUACCUCUGUCUUUAUCUUUGUUGCACUGCUGGUCUUUUUCCCCCUGCUUUUCCUGUGUGUAGGUAUUCCAACACUGUCUUUUAUAAAAGUGCAUAAUAUGGCUGAGAGAACACAGCACAUUUGUGAAUUUAUUGUGAUGAGAAAAAUAUUUAAUGGCUACAAAAAUAGCAUUAGUAGUGGAUUCUUUCAAUUCAAAACGUUGCGUUUCUUCUCUCGCUCUACCUAAAUGAAACCACCCGUUAGCUAAAAAGCUAUAAUAUAAAUUCCGCUUCCUUUUCUCUCUUGUGUCAUGAUGAAGCCUGAACCAGUCCUAAUCUGAACUGUUCUUACCUCUGCAGAGCUUCUAUCGGUAACACACUCAUCAUGUGGUAAGUGCAACUGUGUUUCAACACCAUCUGACAUUUAUGCAGUCAGAUAAACAGCUUAGACUUUAUCUAAUUUCUCCAGUUUUGACUCGUUUCUCUUUUAUGGACCAUACGUUAGCAUUCCCCCUUUGUUUUUUCAAGCUGCUACUGUUUGUCCUGAAAGCCUUAACCUUUUCUGGACUUGUAUUACUGUAACCGGCCAGUCACUAGCGAUUACUAGCGGACAGAUUUAGGUGCUUGCAUGUGCAUAUCUGUUCUUCCGCUAGCGUCUAAUGCCUUCCGGCUGUUUCUGUACAUAAGAAUGUAGUUUUAGCCAUUUUAUCUGGAUUAAUGAGGGUUAGCAUUUGUUGAAAAGUUUAUGUGCAAGAGGAAAAAAAGGAAGCGGUGUGUAUGUGCGUUAAAGGAUGCUGACACGCUGUUUAAUAACUUAUAAUCUUAUUCAAAUUCUUCCUGAUGUUCUUCCUGUUGUGACACGACCGAUGCAUCAGGGUUUACAGCAGAGCAUUAAUCUUCUCAGCCUUUCGACGUCUGGUGUCUUUUCCCUUGUAUACUACUAUAACAAUCUCCAUGUAACUAUUCUAUGUACAUUUACAAGUGUAGGGGAUUUUUGAAGGCACUCAAAAUGUUAAAUAUAUUACUGCAUAGCCAGAAAAGGAUUUGCCAAGGUAGUCUUGACCCCAGAUAAUCAUAUUUAUUGUUUUUUGUAUUGCAAACAAGACGGGGCCUUUUGCAUGUAGGUUUAAACUGAAAUGACAUUCUUCCUUAAGUCAGUAUUAAAUGUGAAAAACAUUUUUUAAUGCAUCUGUGUUGAACAUGUAUUCCCCCUCGUCACAUUCAUCCCGUUACCUGCUGUAAAUGUUAUUAUAUUAAAGGGCCUUGUUUCUA